AUGCAUGAACUGCUGAAGCACGUGCUGACGGAACGGGAUUUGACCCGGGCAGGUGAUAUUUUCGCUAUCCCGGAUUCGGAUAUUGUCGACGACUUGAACGAAAUACUAAAACAAAUAACAGAUAUAUCAUCAAGACCUGACUACACAAGGAAUGACCGUGACCAAGCACUCAUAGAGAUAUGUGUGACCAGAGUAACAUCAUGUAUAAAAGAGACUGGUACACUGGAAAAAUACUGUGGUGGGUUAGUUGCUUUGUUGGAAUCCUGUCUGCAUCACAAUUUGAUGCCCGUUGGACAUUUGCGGGAUGAUGAUCCUCCACAUGCUAAAAUUGCAUCAGAUGUUAUAGCAUGCAUUGUACUGGUAUCAUUUCCCCUACAAGCGGACAAGGAAACGAGUGGUAACGCGGAAGUGAUGGAGCUGUUCCUACCGGUCGCGGUACAGUUCCUACAUAAGGGCAACAGGGAGAUAUCUCGCCAUAUGGCGAGGUACUUGUCCCUAGCAGCGGUACACCAUGCCGUGCUGUUGAAACCCCAUGUGCAGACCAUCAUGGAUUCUAUUAUGUCGGGUAACUACCCAUUAUGUCGGAUAUUGACAAACUUAUACGAGGUAUGUCCUGAGCCGCUGGAAGGUCACGUGACGGCUCUGGUGUCCUUGUUGCCGCACGCGGAGCCCGUGGAGAAGAGCUCCCUCUUCGCCCUCUUCGAGCAGAUAGCCGCGAGACGCCCCGAGGCGUUGAAGACCGCGAUACCACAGCUGCUGUCCUAUUUGUGCCCGAACACUGCCAGCCAGGAUGAUCCGGGGUGCAUGUGUAUUGAUCUAUUACAGGUGAUAGCGAGCGUGAGCCGCAGCCGCGCGGCGCUGGUGGCGGAGCACGGCGCGGCGCUGCGGCGCGGCGCGCGGCCGCCGCACGCCUCGCCGCGCGCCGCCGCGCUCGUGGCCGCCUCGCUCGCCGCGCUCGGCUACACCAGCAGGGAGCGCGCGCAGGAGGCGCUGAGCUUCAUCGUGGAGCGCGUGGCGGGCGGCGGCGCGGAGCAGGCGGCGCUGCUGCGCGAGGCGGCGGCGCUGUGCUCGGCGCACCCCGCGCUCUUCACCGACCGCCUGCUGGCCGCCUUGCGCGCCAACACAAAUCGUCCAAAGUCCACUCACGGGGAAGUAAACAGAACAUCAGGUGGCGUGACAAUCGUCAAACUGGGAGGACCGACGACGCCGGUAGCGAGCACAAACUCCGUGGCACCAGCGGGGAUACCGACGACCCCCGGGUCGAGUGGGCCCCCAGCGUCGUUGGGGUCCACUGGGCCCCUUGCGUCCCUGGGGUCGGCUGGACCCUUGCCCUCGCUGGGGCCCGCGGGCGCGGCGGCGCCGGGCUACACGCGGCGCGCCAAGCUGGGCGACUCGCGCAGCACGGGGCGGCUGCACCCCGGCCCCAACUCUCACAGAAGUAUGACUCGGUUGAAUGUUGCCGGUGGUUCCGUCGGUGGUCUGCACAAGAGCAUGACGCGGCUGUCGUCCUCGCAACAGAUAAACGCGCAGCAGAGUGGCGCCACUCCACAAAAAAACCACUAUAGUGUUAGGAUGGAUUGGUUAGUUGGGUACUCUGACUGCCUCGGUGGUCUAGUGGCUAGCAUGUACGACCGAAGAUUCGGAGGUAUUGGUUCGAGUCCCGGGUCGGGCCAAGGCGGCGGGCGCGCGCGCGGCGCCGCGCCGCACCGCCACAGCAUCCUCAUCGGGCCCGCGCCCGCGCCGCCGCCGCCGCACGCUACAGCCACGAAUUCUGGCCCAACAAUAAUCUCCGGAGUGUCCGUACAAAGCCAAUCCAUAUCAGUUAACCCGUUAACGUCCGGCAAGUCAUCCGACGCGCUCGUCCCCGCCUCGGUCUCCGUGCAACACUCCAACACCGCGCUGGGGCAGGUGUCGGUUAUCACCAGCACGGGUCCGUCCGGCCCCACCGGCCCCACGACCAACCCUGCCCCGGCGGCUGCGGUCACGGUGACGUCACGCCGCGCGAACAACACAAGCGUCACGAUGAUCAACUCUAACAACUCAAACUCCAACUCGAACUCUAACUCCAACUCAAACCAUAGGAUAAGUGUGUUCGAGCCGUACCCCAUGCGGGACACGGUGCAGCACUUCUGUGAAAAGCACUUGGAUAAAAUAAAGGCGUACAUGGAUAACGUGUCUCUGAGGAUACCGCCGCCCGCCAAGUGCACUAUUGAAGAACGGCGGUCCAAGAAGCAGGCGCGGCUGUCGUUCGCGUGCGGGCGGCGCGGGCCGCACUGCCUGUACGCGCGCGCCGCCUUCUCGCUGCGCACGCGCGCGCCGCGCACCUGGAUACACCUCAUGUUCCUGGCGCUGCAGGCGCGCCACGCCGCCGCGCUGUCCUCGCGCGACCCCACCGUGGCCAGCCUCAAGCACUGCUGGGACAUCCUCAAGUGCGAGAACAAGACCUUCCUCACGCUCGUCACGGGCGCCUUCCCCGGACUCAAGGAGCAAGAGAUGCUGCUGAACGAGCUGCGGUCGGCGGGGUUCUUCGACGUGUUCGAGGUGACGGCGGCGAGCGCGCGCGCGCCCACGCACGCCACGUGGGGCUGCUUCCUGUGCAACCACCCCGAGCGCGCCGUGGGCUUCCUGGCCGCCGAUGAGCCCGUCAUCGAGGGCCAGCUCAAGGAGAAGAAGGGCCGCUGGCGGCUGUUCCGGCGCUGGCGCACGCGCUACUUCACGCUCUCCGGCGCGCAUCUCUCCUGCAAGGGCGCGAGUGGAGGCGAAAGCAUAGACAUCAACCAGAUCAGAUCGGUGAAGGUGUCUCGCGGUGCUCGCAACAUCCCCAAGGCCUUCGAGAUCUUCACCGGAGACCAGACCCUGAUCCUCAAACCUAAAGAUGGGAAGAAUGCUGAGGAGUGGGCACAGUGCCUCAGCAUAGCAGUAGCUCAUUCCCAAGCACGUGAUGCCCCUGCAAAGGCCAACAGCCUUCCAGCUCGGGGAUUGACUUUGAAGAGCUUC